AGUAAAUUUGACUAAUUUGAAAAUGCUGGAUUUAAGUCGGAAUCAAAUCACCAAUGCUAAAGGUCUAGGAAAUUUGAGAAAUUUGAAAGAGUUGGAUCUAAGUUAUAAUGAAAUCAACACUUUUCUAGCAAGUUCAGGUCUAACAAAUAUGACAAACUUGAAGACAUUGGAUCUAAGUUCAAAUCAAAUCAACACUUCUUUAGCAAGUUUAGGUUUACAAAAUUUGAAAAGCUUGGAAGAGUUACAUAUGUAUAAUAAUAAUAUUAGCGGUUCUCUUAUUCCAUUAGGGUUAGUAAAUUUGACUAAUUUGAAAAUAUUGGAUUUAAGUAGGAAUCAAAUCACCAAUGCUAAAGGUUUAGAAAAUUUGAUAAACUUAAAAAGCCUGAAUCUAUAUGUUAAUCAAAUCAACACUUCUCUAGCAAGUUCAAAUUUACAAAAUUUAAAAAAUUUGGAAGAGUUGGAUAUGAGUUAUAAUGAAAUGAGUGGUUCUCUUUCUCCACUAGGUUUAGUAAAUUUGACAAAUUUGAAGAGAAUCGAUUUAAGUGAGAAUCGAAUCACCGAUACUAAAGGUUUAAAAAAUUUGAAAAACUUGGAAGAGUUGAAUAUGAGAUCUAAUGAAAUAAGCGGUGGUUCUCUUACCUUAGGUAACAACAAUGAAAACUAGUAGGUCUCAAAGUUUGAUGUCAAAAUAUCAAAUUAAAAAUAUCUUGCCAAUUCUGGUAUUUACUUAUCUUAAUAAUAAUAGAUUUUUAAGUUUUCUCGUAUAA